GCCGAGCCACUGACCGUAGAAGACACACCAGCUAUACGUAUUGGCUCAAUGAGGGUGGUGGUGGUCUUCUCCUCCUUUUUGCUUUUUUUCUCAGGUGGUCCUGGGGGGCUGUCCCCCCCAGAGGGACGCUUUCCUCCCCCAGCACCUGACAUCUUUCCUUCUCCUGCAAGAAAUCACGAAUGCAUGGGAGUAAUUCAGGAAUCAUAUGCCGUCAACAUGACCAAAGAUAUUGUUGUUGGAGAUGAAUUACCAGAUUGGGUUGGUGCAAAGGAGUUUUAUCAGAAAUAUGACCCCAAAGAGGUUAUUGGCAGGGGUGUGAGCAGUGUGGUGCGCAGGUGUAUGCACAGACACACCGGUCAGGAGUUGGCCGUAAAGAUCAUUGAGAUCACCGCAGAGAAGAUGACUGUCCAACAGCUGGAGGAAGUGAAAGCCUCCACGCUGAAGGAGAUCCACAUCCUCAACUUAGUGAAAGGACACCCAUCAAUUAUCACUCUCAUUGACUCAUAUGAGUCCACCACCUUCAUAUUUUUGGUGUUUGACCUUAUGAGGAGAGGAGAGCUGUUUGACUACCUCACAGAGAAAGUUACUCUGAGUGAAAAGGAAACUAGGAGUAUAAUGCGAGCCCUGCUGGAAGCCGUGCAGUACCUCCACUCCCUCAACAUUGUCCAUCGGGAUCUAAAACCUGAGAAUAUUCUCCUGGAUGACGAGGGACACAUUAAACUGUCUGACUUUGGUUUUUCAGUGCAGCUGAAGCCUGGAGAGAAACUUAGAGAACUUUGUGGGACACCUGGUUAUUUGGCUCCUGAAAUUCUGAAAUGUUCCAUGGAUGAACUUCACCCAGGCUAUGGCCAGGAGGUCGAUCUCUGGGCAUGUGGAGUGAUCCUUUUCACCUUACUGGCUGGCUCGCCACCGUUCUGGCAUCGCAAACAAAUGCUGAUGCUGAGGAUGAUCAUGGAGGGUCGCUACCAGUUCAGCUCUCCGGAGUGGGACGACAGGUCUGAUACUGUGAAAGAUUUGAUAUCUAGGUUGUUGGUGGUGGACCCAUUUGUCCGUCUCACUGCUGAACAAGCCUUAGCACAUCCCUUCUUCAGACAGUACCAGAAGGAGGAUGUGCGGCUUUUCAGUCCCAGAAAGACAUUUAGGGUGUUGAUCGUCAGUGUGCUGGCCUGUAUCAGAAUCUACAGCCGUUAUCGCAGAGUUCGCCCGUUGACUCGGGAGGUGCUGGCCAGAGACCCGUACUCAAUCCGUGGCGUCCGCAAACUCAUCGAUGGCUGCGCCUUCCGUAUCUACAGCCACUGGGUUAAGAAGGGGGAGCAGCAGAACCGAGCCGCCCUCUUCCAGAACACGGCUAAAUUCAUGCUGCUGGGCUUGGAGGAAUUUGAAACAUAAUGGCUCGACCUCAUUUUUAAACACCUCAACGUAACCAUUUGCAUGAGUUAUCUAUGGGUUACGUCUGUAUCUAUCCUGUUGAGCAACUGUGUGUUAUUUUAUUUUAAGACUUCAGGGACCGAGUGUAUGAAUGCCUUGUACGCACCAUGUUUCCGCAAGCUACUAAACAUGCAGCGCUUAAUACUUAUCUGUUUUCUGAUCCAAGUUGUGUAAAACCUUGUCCAUGUUUUCAGUACCAUUUUAACACACAUUGCACAAUAAUUUGAUACAUUUUGUCACAUAGCAGUGUAUAUUUUGAAUUUUAUGAGUGAGAGGAUGCAUUUUUAAGCACUGGUUUAGUUACUAAAUAAAUAAUUAUAAUAUUUAAACUUAAAUUAAAAAAGAUUAUAGAUAUUUUGCUGUUCUGGAUGUAAACCAGAAGACUGUAUAAAUUUGACACUGAAGAGUAAGACAAAUACAGUGUUUUUGUUUAAAAGUCAUUUACUCACAA